CCUGCUCGCUGCCCGGGCAGCGGGCUCCUGGGACCAUGAGUGGCCGGGCAGGGUCCGCGGCUCCUGCCCAGAACGGGUGCCCCGCGGCGCUCCGGGAGCGGUUCCCGUCGCUCAGGCAGGACUACGAGCUCGCCUGCAAGGUGAUGCUGAUUGGAGAUUCGGGCGUGGGGAAAACCUGCUUCCUGCUCCAGUUCAAAGAUGGGGCCUUCCUCUCUGGGACCUUCAUAGCCACCGUCGGCAUAGACUUCCGGAAUAAAGUCGUGGCAGUGGACGGUGUGAAAGUAAAAUUGCAGAUCUGGGACACAGCAGGGCAGGAGCGAUUUCGUAGCAUGACCCACGCCUACUACAGAGAUGCUCAGGCUUUGCUCCUCUUUUAUGACAUCACCAGCAAAAUGUCCUUUGACAAUGUUCGGGCCUGGCUCACACAGAUACAUGAAUAUGCCCAAAAGGAUGUGGUCAUUAUGUUGUUAGGCAAUAAGGCUGAUGUGAGCAGCGAGAGAGUCAUCAGGAUGGAGGAUGGAGAGUCACUAGCCAGGGAAUACGGAGUGCCUUUCAUGGAGACCAGCGCCAAGACGGGUAUGAAUGUGGAGCUGGCAUUUCGGGCCAUUGCCAAAGAACUCAAGCAGCGAGCUGUGCAGCAGCCAGACGAGCCCAGGUUCCAGAUUCACGACUACAUAGAGUCACAGAAGAAGAAGACCAGCUGCUGUUCCUUCAUGUGAAGUUUUCCUGCGGUGAAUGAAAUCGGCAGGAGUGUUUGCUAAAGGAAGAGGCAUAGGAGACCUUUUCCCUGUGACAGCUGGUCCCUCCCCACUCCUCUCACCUCCUCCAGGCCCCUGCAGCUGGGCUGUCCCCUUUGCCCAACCUCCUCCUGCCGCUGAGCAUGUCCCAAGCAAAGGACUUGGGGUGCUAAGUGUUAUUACAGUGCCUGCUAUGUUGGAAGAAAGCUGCCGAUCGCAGCGUUAGUGGAGAGAGAGGAAAUCACUAUCUAUUUUUCUGACUCUAAAAAGAAAUGUUUAAAUUCUGCUCUUAUUUAUAUUUAUCUCAGGCUAAAUUGCUAUUUAAUCCUUUACGAGAGGCCAAGUCACAGCAUGCCAUGGACGCUCUCUGGAUCCCACCCCUCUCCUGUUCUAAAGCAUUAGCACCCGCGCUGCUAAGGUGGGGGUGAGCAUGGAGCCAGCAUUGGCAGCCUGUGGCCACUUGCUGCAGGAUCCACCCCCUGGCCACCACCAGGACAGGGGAGAUCUUAUUCUCCCAGCUCAUUCCAUUGCACUCCGCUGGUCGCUCUCCUGCAGAUGGAGUUAGAAGCCGUGCCUCUUGCUGUUGAAAUAAAACUGCUGAAAAUUAAGGGCCUGAUCCAAAGCCCACUGAGGCCUUUGAGAGUCUCCCCGUUGAUUUCACUGGGCUCUGGAUCAGGCCCUAAUUGCUGAGCGACCGGGUAUUUCGUGCUCUCAAAGGCAACCCCCUGCUGCCUCUCUCCAGGUGUGUUCAAAUACCCUUGAUGCUGUGACACAAAUUGGUCACAGCUGCAGAAGAGGAGGCUUUGACCCUCUCUCCCUGUUGCACCCCCCGCCAGCCUGGCUUUUGCAGCAUAUGUGGUGCCUUUGAUUACGCAGCAUUCAGAAGGCCCUGGGGCUCACCAGGGAAACACGGGGCAAAUGAGUGAUAUGGGUCCUGCCUUAGGUUUGGUUUUCCUCAGGAGGGCUCAGGGAAUUGAUAACAGGGCACAGAGCCUUUGACCUCUAGGCCACCAGCUCAGCUACAAUCUGAAUUCUUACUGAAGCCCAGGGAAAGAUUCUCUCUGGCUUGAGGGAGAGUCAGAUGCAGCCCAAAGUUAGCAGCGCUGACAGUGACCACCGUCUGCUGGCUCUGGGGAGUGGCCCGUGUGAAAUGAGUCUCUGGCCGGUUCCUAAGAGACGGGUGUGCACAGCACAGAAAUAACCCUUGCAAUUGGCACCGAGUUGUCAGCAGAGCGUCCAAGCUCCAAAUGGGCAUGGAGAGCAAGCUCCCCGUUUACUUCCAGGCAUAUUGAUGGGAGAUAGUGGGAGAAGGCUCAUCACCGCUGCCCAUAUAGGAGUUAUUUUGUUGGUAGCUAGAGACUCUCUGUCUGCCAAGCUCUCGAGCCAGCUCUUCAACAGCUAUUCCUUUUUAGAGUUUAGAUUUCCCGACUGUGGCCCAUUUGCGUCACCUUUACCAUGAUUUUACCAUUUGUCUGGUUUCCAUUUUCCUUUCUCUAGUGAAAGUUGCAAACCCCUGGUGAUUCCCCGGGCCCCAUUCAGCAAGGCACUGAAGCACAUGCUUUACAUGAGUCCCAUUGACUUUGCUGAAUUGGGGUCCUGAGAGUGACGGCAUUACUCUCUCCAGGUAGCUGUCUUGUCUGUAUGUGCAGCACCUGUCUCGUGCCUGUUGUAUACAAGGGCAUGGAAUAAUUACCCAUUAGAGUUACCGGGCUAAUAUUUUUUUUUUCCGUAUGCUUAAAAAACCGAAAAAGGCCCUGUUCCUCUGGGCUCUGGGACUUUUAAGGAAAGUUAAUUUAUUUGACCCCCUGACAGCAAAAGCUAUGUCUACCCUACAGACUUCUGCCAGCAUAGAAAUAUUGGGACGAGAUGUGAUCCCUGACCAGCAUAGCUGUGCUGGCCAAGGUCUAUAGUGUAGAUGCAGAUAUACCCGCAAAACGGUGCUGUUACCCGUCUAGCUUGUUUCACUUGGGCGGUGUGGUUUCACUACACUGAUACAAAGCACACCUUUGCUGGUCGAGGUGUGUCCACACUAGGAGCGCUUUGCUGGUAUAGCAUAUGAGUAUUCCUACACCGGUAACGUGCUCCUAUGUAGACAGGGCCUAACUCACACCGAGGCCAACAAGGCCACUGGAGUGACAGAGGUGAGCAGGAAUUGGCUCCAGUUGGUCACAUUGGCUAUUAUGCUCUGUCAGAUGAGAACAGACUUUUGCCGGAAUAAAUAUUUCAGCAGCAGGAGCCUCAUCACAGCAGUGCCCUGUAAUUAUUAGUAUCAUCUAGGGCAGUGCCCUGACAAUGCUUAAUAAGCCCAUUGAUGGGAGGAUUGACUUAACACUGAAAUGCUUUAACUAAUAAUUAAAUGCUCCAAAGAGGCAGCACAAACGUCAUUUGUCAAACCAGUGCUGGAGUUAGCCUGUAGAACAGCAUGAUAGAGGCCUCAGGGAGAUCUUUCAUGACUGUGUCACUUUCUGAUUUGUCCAUUACUUGCGUGUUGUAUUUUUUUUAUUCCUGUGGUUGAAUUUGGUCUGUCUUAUGCACAGUUCUCCUCAUCCAGUCAGUCAGUCAGAGCUUCAAACUAGCCUGAGCAGUUCUCUGGAUACAGGGCCCUGCUAUUUGUUUCCCCUUGACUUGAAAUCUCAGGAAUGUUUUCUUCACAGGGUGCAAGUCCGUUACCUCCCCCUAUGCUUUGCCAGAGACGGGCAUUACCGAUUUCACCCUCAGCUCUGCAUCUGUGCCCCGCACUCAGCACAAGAAGGAAGACUCAUGUGGGGAUUUAAACUUGCACCAAGU